GUCAGCUGCAGAGUGGUUUUCAAAUAGCACCCUUUAAAUGAGAUUUGUCAUUUACAUACAUAAAGUAGUAUCAGCUAAGCCAUGAGCCAACAUGGCAGGCACUAAAAUGACCUGAUCUGUGCAUGACUGUGCCCUGUCUUAUCUAAUACAAUAUCAUUUUUUAGAAACCCUCCAAGAGCACAUGAUCUUCUUGUAUAGAGAUAAGACAUCAAGCAGCAGCCUUUUUUCUCAGUCAUGGACGGCAGAGAGAAGAGAGCGCUUCACUUCUUGAUCUUCGCUGCUUAUCUCGUGGUCUCAUCUUCACCUUCUGCAGGUCUGAUCAGAUUAGCUGUAAAUGGAUCCACUCAGUGCUCUGGAAGAGUUGAAAUCUAUAACUCUUACUCUUACCCUUACUAUUCCUGGGGAACAGUGUGUGAUGAUGGCUGGGACUUAAAAGAUGCUGAGGUGGUCUGUAGAGAGCAGAGCUAUGGGAUAGCUCUGGAGGCUCUUGGGUCUGCUUACUUUGGUCAAGGUACAGGAACUUUCUUGCACAGUAAUGUGGACUGUUCAGGAAGUGAAACUUCUCUAGACAAUUGUAGGUACAGCAGCUAUAUUAGUUAUUACUGUCACCAUGGUCGGGAUGCUGGCGUCGUCUGUUCAGUAAGCAACCCAGAGCCCACCAUCUCCUUGUACAGUAAUGAGGUCACCUGGGGUCAGGACGUCAGCAUCACUUGCUCAGUCUCAGAAAAGUUCUCAGGUGGAACUUUUAUCCUCCAGAAGACUUCAGGCUCAUUCAGUCAGAGUCAAACAUCCUCUACGAGCUCUGUUACAUUCAAUCUUCACAAUGUGAACUUCGAUCAUGAUGGACUGUACCAGUGUCAGUACAUGAAAACAAGUCAAAGGUUCAGCUCUUCCUCUGUCAGACUCUCUGUUACUGUGAGUUUUCCAAAACCUCGUGUUUCCAUUUGCCCUGUUGGUGAGGUGACCUGGGGUCAGACUGUUGAAAUCACAUGUUCAGUCUCAACUCAGGUUUUAGGUGGAUCGUUCACUCUGAGUCAAAUUCAGGGUUCAUUCACGAGGAGCCAAACCUCCAACACAAACUCUGCUACCUUCAGUAUUCCUAAUGUGGACUUUGAUAACGAGGGAUUGUACCAGUGUCAGUAUAAUAAAAGAGGCUCAAGUCGUGAAUUCAGCUCCCCAUUAAGUGAUUCGGUCAGACUCUCUGUUGCUGUGAGACUGCAGACUCCCAGCAUCUCCCUGACCUCUCCUAGUGCAGGUCUGGGCUGGGGUCCUGAAGGUGCAGAGAUCACCAGGGGUUACAGUUUUGUCCUCAUUCAGGAGUGA